GAAAAGAUGAAAAUCGCGUCGUGAUCCGCAGAGAAAGUGCUUGCAAAAUGUAAGUUCCUGUCUUUCCGACACGAUUUGUGCUGUGAAAAGUGUGUUAAUGUGGAUUCAAUCGAGAAAACAUGUAAUGGCAAUAUAAACGAUAAAAACCUAUGAAAAGCCGACGCGAUGAACAAGCAAAACGCAACCGAAACUGGCUAAAACAUCAUCAUCACCGAAUGGCUUCCCAGUAACUCGUCGCACUGGAAGUUGCCGUGUACAUAUAACAUACAACCAUGCGUGUUACGUUAUGAGAAAUAUCAAGCAAAGAUCACACAUCACUAUCAGAGUCAGUAUCAACCAAAAGCGUCGACGGCAGCAGAACGUCAACGUACGGUUUGGAAGGAAAUCAUUCCCAGCCGUGAAUCGAAGCAAGCCGUGAUUGAGCUGAACGAACGACCUCCUGUAGCAAUAUGUUUUGAACGUAGUGUUAUGUUUAGUGUUUUUUAUGUAAUACCAAGUCGUAUAUCGUUAUUUGAGUUGCUGUAAUUAAUCAUACAGCAACCCCAUAUUUUAUUCCGUUGUCGUAUGAGAGGUUUUACCGUGUUUGACCAUUUUUAUUAUCACUCGUUUGAUUGAGUUGCUUGUGAAUUACCAACGAUCAUCUGUUCUGAGCGAGAUUACGGUUUAGUUCCGAGUUAUCCACACGAGGGCGGUGAGAGAUCAGUUUGCUGCUGUUUGGUUAAAGUUUGCGUAACAAACAUCUGCAACUUUUGCUACAAUCACGACACGACGAUGUAUUGACGACGACGACGACGACAACGAUCGGCUGUGUUUGUUUACCGUGAUCAAGAUCGCGGCGUGUUGUGGAGCUAAGAGCGAGGCAAAGUCGGUGACGGUGUUUGCUUAAUGCUGCUUGGUGUAGACGUGACGCGAUUGGUGGUCAGUGGUGUGAAUGAAGUCAGUGUCAAAAAUUACCACAACGAACAACAGUGAGACGACACGAGUGGCACGAACAAAACUAGACAACCGUAACUAAAUCAGUGCUGCAAGCCGAGCAGCGGAAAGGAAAACGAAUAAAACACCGAAAAUGUCUCUAGAUUCGAUGGGUCCAUCGGCCGGCGGUGGAAGCUCCGGGGUCGGCACAUUAUCCGGCACGAGAAUGAUCCACUCGCUGAGCACACCAUCCGGCGUGGAUGGUACGGUGACGGCCUCGCAUUCGCGCGGCGGUAAGAAGCUGGCCGUACGCAUCCAAAUGUUGGACGACUCCGUCACCAUGUUUCAGGUUCAGGCGAAAGCAACUGGAAAAGUUCUGUUCGAGCAAGUCUGUCGGCAGCUGAACCUGCUGGAGGCAGAUUACUUCGGGCUAGAGUACCAGGAAGCCCCGUCCGGAACCAAGUACUGGUUGGAUCUGGAGAAACCGCUCAACCGGCAGGUCGGCCUGUCGCUCGUCGAACCUGUGCUGCGCUUUUGCGUGAAGUUUUACACUCCCGACCCGCUGCAGCUGGAGGAAGAGUACACGCGCUAUCUGUUCUGUCUGCAGGUGAAGCGCGAUCUUGCCACGGGCAGCUUGCAAUGCAACGACAACACGGCGGCCCUCAUGGCUAGCUACAUCGUACAGGCUUCUUGUGGCGACUACGCAGCUGAGGAUUAUCCGGACCAUACCUAUCUGUCGUCGUACCGGUUUGUACCGCAGCAAGAUCAUACGAUGCAGCGGAGAAUCAUGGAGAAUCACAAGAAGCAUGUAGGACAAUCGCCAGCUGAAGCGGAUCUCAAUUUGCUGGAAACGGCCCGUCGCUGCGAGCUGUACGGCAUGAAGAUGCAUCCAGCUAAAGACCACGACGGUGUCCCGUUGAAUCUGGCCGUCGCUCACAUGGGUAUUGCCGUGUUUCAAGGCAUAACACGAAUUAAUACCUUCUCCUGGGCAAAGAUUCGUAAAAUUUCCUUCAAACGCAAGCGUUUCCUCAUCAAACUGCAUCCGGAAAACUAUGUUUACCAUAAAGAUACGGUUGAAUUCUUCUUCGAGGGUCGCAAUGAGUGUAAGAACUUCUGGAAGAAAUGCGUCGAAAACCAUGGAUUCUUCCGUUGCACGGCGGUGCAAAACAUACAGCGCAGGAAAGCGCGAGUACUGUCCAGGGGAAGUUCCUUUAGGUACAGCGGCAAAACACAGAAACAAAUAAUAGAAUUCGUACGGGAUAAUUAUGUGAAGCGUCAAACAUUUCAAAGGUCUCAGUCUUUUCGGCAGGGUCCUCUACAUUCAAGUAACAGAAGUCAAUCACGCACUUCAUGUAAUGUGAAUCAAAGCAUCUCGGCUCAUCCUUUACUUCCGAUCGAAACCGCGGAAUGGGAGCGUCGCAGUCAGAGCAACGUCUUGAGGACGCCUUCUCAGACGAGGAGGCAAGUGGAUAUGGAGGUGGAUCACCUACCCAGCAGUCCUACCGGCCACAGUCGUUCUCAGCUCACGGAAGCCCAGGUGGAGACCUAUCCGACGAAGAGCUAUACCCAGCAAAUGGGAAUGGAGGCCUCGGUCCAGGACUCGAGCCAAUCUGCGUCCCCGGGGGGCACCUGGAGUUCGCCAUACCUCAACAGCAACAGCAGCAGCCAUGCGCGCGAAGCCGAUCGGGCUCGUGCACGUCAAGACGGUCACAGUUCCGGUCUGAGCAACCGCCACUAUGCCACUAUGUCCCCCAAAUACACUCAUCGCAGCCACAGAUUUACCACGCAGCCACAGCAGCUGCUGCAGCAGCAACAGCAGCAGCAGCAGCAGCAGCAGCAGCAGCGUCGGGCCUCAGCCGGGCCGCUGGGCCAACCGGGGGAUCGCAGCAGUUCUAUGGGGGAGACAACGGUCUCCUCCACCAGCCGGGAGAGUGUUUUAUUGCCGCUGGACACUCGCACCAGGCGCUCUUCGGCGCUCCUCCCGGGGGCGGCGUCGGCAUCAACGGCGGCGCUGGCGGGCUCAACGGGGCUGGGAGCCAGCAGCUCUCAAUCCCACAGUGCCACACUAGCCCGUUAUAGCAAUACGAGUACCUAUUCGAUGUCUAAGUCGGUUAGCACCGGGACGGAUCUGUCGGACGAGGUGCCGGACAAUGUCAUCUACUCGGAUAUCAAUGAUCUCUACCGUCAUCGUCGGAAGCUGCCCGGUACCGGUGGUACGGGCACGGACGGUUCUCGCGCUGGAGAAGGGGGGCAGGACGAGGAUGCCGACGAGGUGGGCGAGGAAGAGGAGGAAGAUGAGAUAAUGGAUGAGGUCGAGGACGAGAAUGCGAUCCGUCGCCCGUACCUGGAGGACGAUGAAGAUGACGAUGAGGAUGAAAUUGAUAUCCGUUACGCGACGGCGACGCAGAUCAAAGCGAUGACUUCCGGCACCGGCGGUGGGCCCGUUGGUGGGGAUGCCCCAAAGCCGUCCGUUCCGAGUGACGAACUGUACGCGACAGUGGAUAGGAAAAGUAAGCUGAACAAACAGCGCCAACAACAACAGCAACAGCAACAACAACACAUUCAGGUUCAGGUUGCAAGUUUCAAGACAAAUACUCAUUACCCCGGUAAACAUUUUAGUGACGAAUUCAUAGAUGAUAGCAUAAGAAACUACAAUAGUCAUACGAACAUAAGCACGAACGUGGCGAGCAAGUUGAACGAAUCGAGCUCGGGCACGUUGAACUCCCAGGUCAGCGCCGGUGAGAUGUACAAUCGUUCGGCUCACUUUGACGAGUACUGUGGCAACAAUCGGUACUCGGACACGUCGGAUUACUUCAGCCACAGCCAGCAGCACUACUCCCACUCGCCGAAUUCGCACUCCCUCGCCACGACGAUCACGCACAAAAACGGUCUGACGGAUGACGAUGAGCGCUACUCGUCGUCCAACCCGCCGCCGAUACAUCCCCGAACGUCUCACUCGCUGCCACGCAAUUCGCAGCUGUCGAAGAUUGAAUCCAUCGACUCGAACUAUAGCGGUAGCGGUGGUGGUGGGGGCGGUGGCGGUGGAGGACUGGUUAGUGGAACCGGUGGGUCAGGAGGAGGUGUAAGCGAUCAUAAUUUCAUUGGGCAUCAUUCGCUGACGAACCUUCCAAGUUCGUCGAAGGUGACCAGUGAUUAUCUGCACUAUUCGUCGCUGCUGAAAGGCGGUGGUCCCGGUGGAGAUCCGGAUGAUCCGAUGAAUAGUAAGAAGACGUCCUCGGAGCGGUUGGAGUAUGAGCUUUCGAACGCGAACAUCUACUCGACGGUGCAGUACAAAAACUAUGAAGAUGACUUCGAGGAGGAAGAGUACAUGAACUACCAGCGUCAGCGUGGAGGAGUCGGUGCCGUUUCGAAGGAAGCGUGGCUGAGAAGUAGCUCCUGCAAGGAACUGUGUGACUAUGGGUACGACUCGACGGGACGGGCUGACUUCUCGCUGAUGGAGCGAGAGUUUCUUACGUCCGAUCGCAUCGAUAGCCCGGUGACGAGGUAUGACGAUUCGCGCCACUCGAUGUACGUUCAGAAGUCCAACUACUCGGUGGAGGUGAGCCAGGAGUUUCUGGCCAACGAGGGGAAGGUGUACUCGUCCAGCUAUCCCGGCACGACGUACAACACGAUCGAUCAUACGAGCUACCGUCGGCAGACGAAUCAGAACUUCUACUCCAACUAUGAGUACGGGUCGCAGGACGAUCUGUCGCACGAUAGCUACGAGUUGCUGGAAAAGUCGGACGACGAAUUGUACUACAAGUUUAAGAGCAACUCGGAAGCACACACCCGCUCCUGCUCGCUCGACUCAGGCAAUUAUAUUCCGACCGAUGACGAGAGCAUGCCUGAUCAGCAACAGCAGCAACAACACGAUCACCAUCAUGUGCAUCACGUUUCGCGGCUCUCCAAGUACUGCUCGAGCCUGGAGGCGAAGAGCAAGAGCGCCCCGGACAUGGACGACCUGGACGAUAUGUUCCUCAUGGAAGAUCCCCGCGACCUUCCGCGUGAGAAGUUGUGCGUCAAAUCGGAUGGGAAUUUCUACAAAAAGAUCAAAAUGUCCAUGGGCGGAUCGUCGCGGACGUCCAGUCCGGAGUCGCGAAGCGAUUACUACGAGUCGAAACUGUCGAAGAGUAGCGACUCGAGCAAGAAAUCGAAGGACAGCGUAUACCACACCGAUAGCAACAAGAAAUCCCGUGAGACGCUGAAGAGCAAGUCCGGAUCAGGGUUUAAUUCGCGCGCAUCCAGCCAAGACUCAUCGAAGGAAUCGUUCGGUGGCAUGGAUAUUCUGCUAACGAAGAACUACGAAAUGCCGACGACGACGAGCAAGAAGGCGAAAUACUUGUCGAAGCGGUUCGAUAGCAGUUCCCGUAACUCGAGCCAGGAUUCCAAAAGCGACUACUACGACGCCAGUGAGUUGCAGCAGCAGCAACAACAACAGCAGGGGCUGGACAUCGAUGGGGGUGAGAUGUCGGAUGAGAUUUACUCGCGGGCUAAGGUAAGCCACUCGGACGAGCAGAUCGGUGGGCGAAACACGAUUCCGGACGAUGACAUGGACGAUGAGUUUGUGAUCACCAAGAAUGGCAUCUCAUCGACGUCGGCCAGUUUCUACGACAAUCAAAUCUACUCGUCGACGUUUCCGAGCGCCCAAACAAAACCCUCGAACGGCGGUGGUGGUGGUGUUGGAGGAAGCGGCACCGGUGGCAACAAAACAUCCCACGUACAUUCGAUCAGUCUGCAGAAUGUGGAGCUGGAAAGAAGCUCCCGGUCGGUCGGCUAUUCAGCGUACAAAUCGCCCUCACCGGUCCUACCUCCCGCCGUACCGAAGCCGAUCGAAAAGCAACCGCCCAAAACGACCCACAUUUGGCCGGAAGAGAUCGAGGGUUUACCGACGACCAUCACGGAGAGCCAGCGUAUCGAUCGGUCGCGUGCGUUCCGCAAAAAGUCCGACAGUGAGAACAUUUUCAGCUUCGAUAAGGAGAAGAUCGAAUCGCUGACCAGCAGCUUGAACGACGAAACGCCCACCACCGCGAUCAUGGUGGAGGCGAAGGCGAAGCCGGUAAGCCCGGACUAUCCUCUGACCCCGGAGCUGCUUUCGGAGUUCGACAAGCAGAAGAUUGAGUCACCGCACAUUCUACCGAAGAAGACGCGCAAGGAAGAGUUGAUGGCGAAAACGCACUUUGAAGAGUACACCCCGAAGAUGGUGGGACUGGAGACGGGUUCGGCCAUCGGUGGCAUUCCACCGUACGCCCAUGCGACCGUCGAGCGGACGAAAUCGGAUCCCAACUCGCUCGCCAAUCGGCCCCGGUUGGGGCCGAACUCUCGCCGUCAUACGCUGAUGCAUCAGAAAUCGAUCGAUCUUACGCCGGCCGAUUCGAGCGAGGAGGAGUAUUUGUACAAGCAGAUCCCAAGCGCGCCACCGUUGUGCAAAUCCCACGGCAGCCACUUUGAGCUACCGCAGUCGUACGAAAUGGGCGUAAUCCCGGAUGUCGUGGAGCUCCCGCGCAAUGGGUUCGAGAUGCCGAAGAGUUUCUUCAAGGAUUUCCAGGAGCGUCGUUCGUCGUACAAAACCGUACUGAAGGAUGAUAUUCCGUACGUGCUGCACAAGCGGCACAUCAUGAACGGGACGGCCCCUUCGCCGAUGCUCGAGGGAAAACCGACGCCCCACCGUAGCUACCCCAAGCCGAAGAGUCCCAAGUCCCCGAAGUCCCCGAAGUCUCCCAAAUCACCCAAGAUGCUGUUGAACGAGUCGAAAGGAGCAGGAGAAGGUGGUUCGAAGGAAAACUUACUGCGUGUGAAAGAUGACACGGAGCUGAUGGGGGGUGACCAUGGGGUAGGAGGGAUGGAUGGACAACAGGUUGGCGGUUUUCUUUUCACGCAGAACAUCGAUCUCUCGAAGGUCGAUCCGGUGACGCUCGAGGUGGAUAAAACGGUCCAGACCGUUCAGCUGGCCGGAAGUCCGAAGCGUGACAUCACCAAGCGAAUGGACCCGUUGAUGUUGGAGCAACUGAAUAGUAAGCUGAGCCAGAUCGAGAGUGAUUCAGCUACGAGUUCGAAAACCGAUAGCAAUGCCGCCCACCACCACCAACAACAACAGCAUCAGCAACUGCAACAACAUCAGCAGCGAAAAUUCGAACCGAAACCGGUCGACCUCCCGUACAUGAUCGUGGAGAAGAAGGCCAACGAAGCACUGUCCGUACCGACGAAGCGUGUGGUGAAGACGCGGGUCGCCCCGAUCAAGACCAAGUGUGGUAAGAAACGGAACGCCAAGACGCGCAUCACGUCCUUUUCGUCCGACGACGAGAGUUUGGACUCGGACGACGUGUUCGGUUCGGCCGAAGCGAUGCCGACGAAGCUGGAGUUCUCACCACCCCAGUCGCGCAAAGAGAUCGAACCGAUUCUGAAGCACGAAUCGAGCAAGAUGGCAUCGAACGCAUGGGCACGCGGUCAGACGAUGAGCUCGACGGAGAUCGAAGGUUCACCACCGCAGUGCCGUCGGUUGGCCGAGCUGGAGAGCCGGUACCAUACGGUCAAGCUCGAAACGACACAGCUUACCAGCACGGAGCUACGGCGCAUCUCCGAACGAUCGUUCUCCAUUCCGAGCUCGGAGGAUGAGGGCAAAAAGCAACCGACGGUGAUUUCGUCGAAGGUUGAGGCUGAAUCGACCAAGGCGUACCACCUGAAGGAGCAGAUACCGUCACCGAUCAUCGAGUCGGUUGGGGAACUGAAGGCAUCCGAGGUGGAGGACCGCAAGGAUGGGAUGAGUUUGGGGUUUUCCACGUCCAAGUCAUCGAAACAACAGCCGACGGCGGCGGACGCGGGCGGGAAGAAGACAACGGACGGCACAACGACGGGCACCAAGUUGUCCCCUUCGCGGACAAAGUUGAUUGAAGAGCUGAUCGAUUCAUCGAUCGUGAUGCGCUCGAAGGGGCACGCUCCGAUUUUAUUUGCCCACGCCCGUCUCAACCUAAGUGAAGGGUCGGCAUUUGCAUCGCUCCAGCGACAAAAAGCCACCCUCGAUUCACCGACAUCCGGUCGACGGGCGAAAAGUCUCGAUACGCCGGUCAUCUCACUCCAUAAGCUGCCCCCGAUGAAUGCGUUCUCUUCCAAAGACGACACGGUUGGGUACGAGGAGGAAGAGGAGGUGCUUGAGGUGAAACCACUGCAGCAGCACCAGCAGCAGAAACCGAAGGCGUCCGUGAUCGAGGAGGAAGACCAGGAGGACUCGGUGCACUCGUGCGGCGAUGCGAUCGUCGUGCGCGAUCCGACCAUCUCGCGCCAGACGUCGACGACGGAAGAGGAACGCAAGCACGUGCGGAUCGAAGCGGACGAGCUGGAGUUGCUCGAUCGGUUGAAGUACAUUGAAAAGAUCGAACUGCAAGGCGUUAAGAUUAAGGAAAAGCGUAAGACCAAGACAAAGCUCAAGAGUGGCCAUCAGCUGAUCCUCGAGAUACCGAAGUACAAGUUCGAACCGUUCAGCUCGGGCAAUAGUUCGAUAAAAACGUCUCCCGCCAUCAGCCGGGCAAGCAGCGUGGAAAGUACGGGCAAGGCGCGCCAGAAGACGGACAGUGGCACGCAAACGCCUACGGGCGGUGGGGCGGCCAUCAAACCGCAGCGCAAGUCCACCAGCCCGAAAGGUUCGGAGAAGCUCGUCCAACCGAAGCGCCGAUCGUCGGACGAUGCGAAGAAAUCUCCCUCGCCGAACGAUAUGCUGCGCACGAAGAGCCAGGAAGCGCUGGGCAGGGGCAAGGGUUCGAGUGCGAAGGAGAAAUCCAAGUCGCUGGAGAAGAUGGAACUGAAGCGGCUGGGAAGCAGGGAGCGCAAGUCAACGGAGGAAAGCGAACUGGAGCGUGCCCGGCGUAAGGAGCGCCAGCAGAAGCUGUACGAGUCGGCGAUGAAGCAGACGAUCAACAUGCUCAGCCCGGUGAAGGAUCAGCUGCCACAGUUUCCCGCUCCGGAGGAUAAGAUCUCGGUAAAGACGGAGGGUGACAAGAUUAUCAUCGAUGCCGACAUCAAAUCGAAACCGGAGGAUCACGUGUUUAUUGCGAAGGCUCCCCGGAAGCUGGACUGUGGGUUGGCCAAGAUAAGCCGCAGCUUUGAGGACCAGAAGAGCGUGGAAAAGCUGGACAAGGCGAGCCGCAGCUUCGAUGAUCGCAGUAAGUCGUUCGAUGAUCACUCGGAUCGCUCGGCGGACGAGAGUAGCAUCGUCAUCAAGAGUCCGACACGGUUGAGCCGCAGCCAGGAGCUGAAGCAAAAGAUCGAGGGAUCGGUAGUGCACAAGGGUCGGAUGGAGGGAAAGUCGAAGAGUUUGGAGAAAAAGUCCGAACCGCAGUACCUGGACAUUGAGUACAAGACGCGCAGUCUGGAUCAGAACUACACGGAAAGCAGCGGAUCGUCGUACGGUGGGGGAGGAGGUGAUGCCACUUCGCCCGACUCGGAGGGCGUCAUCGUUGGUCAAUCGGGGACGGGGGCGAUGUCGAGGAAGCAGGAGGUGGUGAAGGUGGACGUACACUCUCCCUCGAAGGUGGAUUCACCCGAUGCGGACAACAAGCAGCAGCCGGGGGGAGCUACGCGAGGUCGCAAGUCGACCACCGACAGUGACAGCAAAUCGAUCGACGAUCCGCGGUCGGGAUCGUCGAGGUUUGAUAAGGGCAAAAGUCUCGAUAACGAUCGGAAAGACAAACCACAGCCGGUGGAAAGACGUGCCCUGUCGCAGCCAGUGUCGGAGUUCGGCGGUGAACUGGACAUGCAGGACAUUAUCUCCGAACGGCGUACGUUGGACUUGAUGAAACGACGAUCGGAGGAGAAAACGUUCGACACGGGCACUCCAAGCAAUGAGGCCGAAACAUCGGAGAAAGGUGUAAAGACGACGAAGCAGGAGGAACCGAUUGCAAAGAAAGCAUCUACGGCGAUGAGAACCGGAAGUGAAGAAUCCCUCACGGAGGUGAGCGAAUUGAAGGAUGCUGAUGUUCAGGACAGUGGCUACCUACCGCCUCCGGUGCGGGUUCCAACGAUCGAGUACGAGGAGCCUUCGAUCGAGGAGGAAGACGUUGUAGAGGAGGACGACGCAUUGGUGGAAGAGUUACCGGUGGAGGUGGUGGUGGUGCGUGACAAGAAGGAAUUUGCGGGAAAGUUGAGCAUGGAGAGAAUGGGAAGCGAUGAAACCGGGUCGUGGGUUACGAUCGCUUGCGAAGAGUUUACCGGCACGGAAGGUGAAGGGAGUACGCAACAGGAUGACCAUCAGCAGGGUCCUCGUUAUCGUGUCGAAUCGCAAGGCACCUUCGAAGACGUGAAGGAUCUAACCAUGCCCGAAUCGGAGGUGGUUCCGCUGGCUGAUGCGCUGACGCAGCCAUCUUCUAACCGAUCGUCACCGUCGGCGUUCGAUCAUCCCUUGCCGCAAGUACCGGACAAGAAACCGGACACUGCGGUGUCUCCGAUUCGGGAAAAACUCGGAAGAGUGCACGCCCCGGACCCGGAAGAGGAUAGGAAGCACGCAUCGCAACGACGGGGUGAUUUCCUACGCCUGUCGAUCGAACGAUCGCGCAGUUCCGAUACGGGUUCGAGCCGCGAGAAUGAGACCAGCCCGAUACGGCACGAUUCGAGUACACCGCGCGGGAAGGGCUCGCUCGAUGAGGAAUCGAGCGUAAGUUGUUCCAUCUCGCGACCGCUGGGGAUAUCGCAAGAUAUGGACUCGCUGGAUCACAUGAAGUGCCGGGAGUUGCGUGAGGCCAUGCUGAAGAUGGAAGAGUACGACGAGGAUGUGGUGGCGAAUGUGAAGAAGGUCUCGCCGACGCUCGAGAAGCAGUAUCCGGUCGAUUUGGGAUCCGGGUCCGAGCUGGACAUUGAGACGACGGAAGAUCGCAUAUCGAGACUUUUGCAGCGAGAGGAAAGUGAAUCUAGCUCCGAUAACGGUGGCGGUAAUGGUUCACGUUUUAACAGCUUCGCUGGGGAUACAGUUGUGGCACAAACUCCCGGAACAACCACCGCAGGGGCAGGAAACGGUGGUUCUGGAACGACACCAAAACCAAGGGUGGUGAAACCCGUUCGUGCCACUCUCCUCCACAAGAAAGUGUGCCGUACGGCGCAACCGAACGAAAAGCAAACGCAACAAACCACGGCCGAGUUGAAGUCGGGCACGCUGAAGCUACUCAGUGCCGACGGAGGCGAUCGGAGUUCGCUCGAGUCCAAAUCGAGUCUCGAAUCGAAGGGCUCGCUGGGAUCGUUUGAGACCGAGAGCAGCUCGGGAUCGCUCGGCGCCGCGCAAAGGAAAGGGGACUUGUCGCAAAAGGAACAGCUGUCCACCUGGCGUCCCUACCCGAUCGAGAGUUCCGGUAGCUCGAGCGUCGAGGACAAUUGGCUGCCGCCGGAGCAGGAGAGUUACGAGAGCUUCGAGCUGGCGACGGAAACGAUCGAGAUACAGAAGAUUGCCGCCCAGGACACGAAGGAACUGUCGCCGGACGAGCAGAAGGAAAGUGACUCGGAUAUACAGGACGAGUUGAGCGAUUUCCCAACGACGUUCGGCUACCCGGAGAUGACUUCCACGCUCGGGAUCGCCAUCAACCCGGUGGACGUGCUUGGGUACGGAGCGAGCUUCGGUGUCGGUCGUACACUGUCCCGCAUUUCGGAGCGUUCGACAAACUCGGAGAAGUCGAGCGGUGAAGAGGUGGCCGAGGCGGAAAAAUCGAGCCUCGAGGAUUUGAGCGUCCACGAUGAGUCGGUCAUUUCCAGCGAACACCAGGCAAGCCUCAGUUCCGAUCUCCAUUCAAACUCGAACCCCGCCUAUAUCUCCGAUGCGGACCGGCGAACGUCUGCCGAAAUGCCUGACAUUCCGUGUGAUUCGGCCGCAGCCGAGCGGCUUUCCGAGAUUUAUCAGAGCAACGUCGUGAAGAACGGACGCUUCACGGUAUCGAGCGUUACCGAUGGGGCUAAGGGUGGCGCUGGUCCCCCUGGAGCUGGGGGUUGCGGUGAUAUAAAACCGGUUGAAAGUAAGCCCGAUCUGCAGUGCCUCUCGGCCGGCGGAGGUAGUCAAGAUUCGGAGGACUGGCCUCUCCCAGACAUUCCGUACGAUAACACGCCAGGGGAACGGUGCGAAGGUGGAGGAAUGGCGAUGCCUGCACCAUUGCGACCAUACUGGACGGAGCAGGCGAUGGCAAGGCAAUCGCAAGAGUCCGAAAACUGGCCCACGCCACCUUCCUCCAGCAUGCUCGAACACGCCCCGAUCGUAGAGAACGUGCAGAUGUUCCGCGUCAUUGAACCGCAGCAUCCGACGCAGGUGAUGGUGGAAUCGUUUACCGAACCGACGACCGGUGGAUCCGACGAUUCCGAUCCGGACUACGCGGAAGUGGCAGGGGAUGACAUACCGGAACCACCGAAGCGUGAUUAUACCAUGUCGACGGAUCCCGGUUCCGGCUCAUGCUCCGGUUCAUCACUUUCCGGCAAAUCCGGAUCGUCUCCCUCCCUUUCGAUGGUGGUGCCGUACGAAAGCACGGCCUAUCUGAUGUCGGCCAUGCAAGAGACCAAGGCAUAUGAAGCGGCCGUUACGUACGAGAAUACGACCUGCUUGAGUAGCAGCCUCGGUCCGACCAGCUGCCUCAAGUCGACAUUCGAAAUAUGCUCCAGUCAGCGAACGGCCGGAUCGUCCGGAACGGCUUCGGGGCUCGGUGGGAAGGAGUCGAAUCCGGAUCGGGUGAUUAUUUCGCAACCGACGAAAUCCCCGCAAAACCUUAGCCCCAUUACCGACGAUGAUUUCUUCAUGAACGACGAAGUGUUUGGGCCGGGCACGGUGAAGAUUGAGAUCUCGCCCGAUGAUAGCAAACCUUUGUCGUCCGGUGCAGGAGGCAGUGGCGGGGGAGGAGGAGGAGGAAGCGGAGGGAUGGAGUAUGGCAGUCAAAAGUUUUCGCGUGGAUCGAACAACUCGGACACCUCGAUCGAUGACAUGCUGUCGACGUCUUGCGCUACGUACAUGGAGGAAACGGUUCGGUUGCGCAAUCUGGAGCCGCGCCGAUUGAGCAACGAGUCGUGCAAGAAGUGCAGCCACAGUUCCCACUCGGAGGAGGAAACGAGCUCGUUCGGCACGGACCUGGACGGGACGGUGAAGAUGGGCCUGCAGCAGAAGCGCUGCACGCACAGUUCGCACUCGGAGGACACCUCGAUUGGUCUUAGCAUUUCGGAGUGGUCGACCGGUACGAACACGGUGCGGCAGUACGCGAACCUGUCCGGCUCGGACAGCCUGUCGGCCGUCUCGAACCACUCCGGCAAUGCCAAGAGCGAAAAGUCGAACCACACCAAGAGCUCGAUCAGCUCGAGUGUCCACAAGUCGACCGAGAGUCUGGACGAGAAGACGAGCGGGGGUAGUUUUUCCAGCAGUAACACCGGUAACCAGGCGAUCGCGCACCAUGCCGCCAACGGGAAGCGCUUCUCGCUGGAGAACGUGUCGGAGAAUGGGGGCGGUGGGCCGCGCUACGAACCCUUCAGCAACUCCGAGACGGACACCAAGUUCUCCUCGGGCACGAAGAGCGACGACACGACGACACUGACGCUGACCGAAAUGGCCCAGACGAUCACGGAGUGGUCGACGAGCAGCAGCAACACGCUGAUCGCACAAGUCGAAGCGAUGAAGCAGCUGGAAGGGACCACUUCUUCUUCGGGCGGUGUGAAAGGGUCCUCCGGAGAGCGUCAUCCACCUCCCACGGGCUCGACGACGCGCACCUUCGAGUAUGUCCCGCUGAAACCACCAAAGGUAGUUAAAAAGAGUGGCACAACCUCGGCCGAGCUGCCAGGCGUUCACCUGAAGCCGGCCGGCUCCAGAAACGUUGUUGUACCGGUUGAGAAGGGAGAAAGCUCCCGGACCAUCACCCAACCGGACGUGAUCCCCGAUCGACCGACAAGACUUCCCCCAAAGAUUGUGGAUGUGAUCGAAAAGUCACCGAAAAGGAUGCCCGUAACUCAGCAACCAUUGCCUCAGGGUAAACCGAACCCUGGAGGAUCAGGGGACGCUCCCGAUUCGGGUGCGACGAAGCGGAAAUCGUUGGAAAUGAUGUCGAAGCGGUACCAGAGCCAGGACAUCUCCGAUACGGAACCAACGUUCACCGAGAAACUGUACGGACAGAACGAGAAGCUGACGGAACGAUAUCAAAGUCAGGAGUUUACACCGUUCACGGCCGCCGCUGCGCCUCCUGCGGUACCUCCACCAAACAAACCGCCCCGCGGGGACUCGCUACCCUCUUCCAGCCCCACACCGAUGGCCGAAAAGCCGCUGGUGAAGCAUCACAGCUACGACGAUAAGACACUCUCGAAGUCGCAGAUCCGCGAGUACAAAACUUCCAAGAUGCGCCACAGCCAGUCGUUCCACGAGCAUCUCGUGUCGUCGGAUUUGAACAAGAUUGUCGAGGAAAGUUUGGGCAGCUCGUCCACGACGACCCACACAAGCGAGGCGACGAGCACGGACAACUCGUCGCCUAUGUUCCCGCGGCCGGAGAAGCUCGUGCGAUGCUCCCCGUACUACUCCAGCAGCCUCAGCUCGGAGUCGCCACCGAUUCAACCGAGUCAGCUGCCGCCACCGGUUCAGAAGCCCCCGCGGAAGAGCUCGCUUCCGCGAAACUUUGUCCCGAAGAGCCCACCGAGUGGUAACGACACCGACAGUUCGCUCGAUCAUCGCGCCCAAGAUCCGAAGCUACGAUCGCGGGGAUAUCGUAAGAAACGGACGGUUCCGCUGAAGAAGAGUCGUCUCGAUCGACCGCUUGAGCAUCAGGAGAGCUCGGAGUGCUCGGAGGGAUACUUUCCGGAGAUGGAAUCGGGAUCCUCGGAGGCGGUGAUGAUGGAUCAGGCACAGUACCACCGCUAUCCGGACUUCGAGGAGGAGCUUGAGCAGCUCCCGGAGGACUACGAGGACGAAACGUACCGUGCGGACGAGGACGAGGUAACACCGAGCCGGAACGGAGCCGGAGUGUACCCGAGCGCUUCCUACUCGAACAAAUUCGAGGGUCUCGAUAUGACGGAGAACGUCGACGAGAUGGGUUUCCCGCGGUACGAUCGGCUCGGUCACAUAACCAACCCGAACCUUUACAAAUCGGACACUCCUUCGCCGCCGGUCAAACCGGCCCGCCAGCGUCGCUUGAAGCAGACCAAGCGGGACGAUCCGGCUGACCUCGAGUACCAGGGCGUACAGUAUACGCCCGAGAGUGGCAGCUGCUCCGAGACGAAGGCGGGUCUCUCGGACGAUGUGUGCUACUCCAGCGAGGACAGCUUCGCGGCGGGAUACAACCGAACCGGCCCGAACGCCGGCAGUAGCUCGCGGUAUCAGAAAAACGUCGAAAUUCCCUAUCCGGAUUUCCUCUCCGACUACGAGAACGAGUCGUCGUCGGCGUGCUCAUACGCUCGGCGUAUGGAGCAGGAUCGGCAUCGGUACGUCGAGAUGGAACUGCAACACCAACCACCUCCUCACCACGAGCCGUACACCGAGUCGGAGAAAAGUGCCGACGGUUCGGCGGUGGAGUUCGAUCUGAAAACGCUCCCUCCUCCGAUCUACGUGGAGGAGGAAGAGGAAGAUGGUGGCCAUGGUCCGGACGAAGGGGACGAGGACGAAGACGAGCAGGACAAUGCCGUUUAA